AAUGGAAUCUAUAAACGAAUUAAUCCCUGGUGAAAUAGACGAACCUUUCUCAGAUAUAGUCCCUGAGCAUGUAGAUCUGCUAGAAAAUAUAACAAGAAGCCUUAAAAGCGAUAACGAUCCAAUAAAGCUGGUUGAUGUUGGAAAAUUAUAUGAAGAUGGUCCCAUACAGCUAGAAAUCCUCCAACCUGGUAUUACAUUAAAUGAACCAAAUAGUAAUGAACUGCAUCUUCCAAAUGGUUUACAAUUUAAUGUUACAAAUGCCCCAAAUCAUAUCGAGAAUGAUGCGCAACAGGAUAUUGAAAUAUUCGAAAAGAACGAUUGUAUUGAGCAUUUGAAUAAUUCCGAAACCAAUAAGAAAAUGAAUAUUGUUUACGAAAUUGUUCAACCGGAAGUGACAAACUAUAAUUAUUCGAUAAAUGAUGAAGAUUUUCCAACGUUGACGAUAAAAGAGAGAAAAGAAAGGAAAAGGAUGCUUGCUAAAACAAGAUCUGGAAGAGUAUCGAAACCCCCGAAACAUUUGGCUUUAGAUUAUAAAAGAAUUCAUCUAGUAGACUGGAAUGAAGAAGCGGAAGAUUCAGACGGCGGUUAUUCCGAUAUUCAUUUGUCGGAAAAGGAUAUAGCAAUCCGUAACAAUGUUGUUUCUUUGUUUAAAAAAGAAGAAAGUUCAACAAAGAAGCAGUACGGAUGUUCACUCUGUAAAAAGCAGUAUAUAGGUGUUGCUGGCCUAGCUAGACACUAUAAACUCAAUCCAACUCAUGGUAGUCAAAAAGAUCUUAUCCAACAUUAUGAUAAGAUUGUGAAAGAUGUUAAUCGGAGUAUCAACGAUAAAUUAUAUAAUGAAUUACCGGAUGACGGCGAAGAAUUGAAAGCUAAGAAGCGAAUGAGAAGAUUGAAGCAUGUGAUAAAAGACUGCUCGAAUGAAGAAUUGAUGGAUAUAAUCUUACCGAAGCUUUGUCCAGCUGUGACGCCAUGGGAAUAUUUACUAAUGAGAUCAGAAUUUGGUUUUCCCCCAAAACCGGAUCCCAGCCAAGUUUACAAGGAUGUUAAAAACUUAUUAGAACGUGUCAGCUCCUUCUUUCAAGUUAAUAUUGAACCGUCGACAGAACCUGCUAAUCUUCACAAAAACCCAGGAACCUUUCAAAUUGAAGACGAUUCCCUAGCGUCCGCACUGGACCUUACCCCAGGCUGGUAUUGUCUAAAGAGCAAAGCUCCAUCUAUCGACAGACUAGACGAAAAUGUUUCUGAACCUAACGACCUCAAUUUAACGGACCAACAAGACGUGAUAAGACGUAAAAACUGUUCGCUAGAUGAGAACGAAUGCAACUUUUUGUCCAGCAAUCCGCUAACGCUGUUUGAUAAAGACGAUAACUAA